GUACUUUCUUGAGACAAAACAUGAAAAGCACUAGUAGCAGAAUAUAUGUUCAACCUUUGAUUGGUAAUAAUAAACAUUUCAACAUAAGUGGCAAGAAUACUACAAAUCGAUUUAUGUGGUAUGAUUUGAAUAUAUUUAAAUAGUCGUGAAAUCUGUAUACGUACCUAACACCUACUUCUGUGUAACUUUAUUCUGAAGUGAAAUGUUUCCAUUCCAUCUUCACAGCACUGCACCAUUCAUUUGCUUAGGAGUGAUCGGCCUAUUUCUCCUAUUAUUCUUCAUAUUGAGAAAUACAUUCUCAGUAGCACUGUUCCUUAUGGCGCUCAUUGAUCUUUAUCGUGCAUUAGCAGGUGGCAUCUGGAAUACUGCUGUAUGUGUGGUGGCUUUGGUGAUGAUGGAUACUGUUAAAUGAGUUUUAUGUCACUUGGCUAUGUUACGACCUCUCUUCCAAUAGACAUCGGAAUUUAUGUGUUCUGGUGAUAUAAAUGUCGAACUGUGCAUAGUUCAGAUUGUUGUAACAAAAUUCACAUGUCACAUUUUUAAUAAAAUCCAUGGUUUUGAAUGAGAUCUACCUGUUUUAUUUGACUAUUUUAUAUGACUAGUCUCAUGGAAGGAUAAAUCCUUUAAGAAUUCUCAGCGAUAUUUAAAUGGAUGCUUGCCUUUUAUUACACAUAAAUGCCCGACAAUUAUAUGGACACAUUUUCAAACAAAUCAUCUGUGUGGUGCUAUCCAUCUUUCCAUUUUUCGUCCUAAUUAAUUACUCGAUUCCUUUAUUUGAUAUUUCAUUUGUGUAAAAUACAACUCCGUCCCAGACUCUCUUCCCAUCUGAAGUCUUUUUAAUUUCAUUUCGUUUGUCAGUACUUACACAUUAGGUAGAGUACUGCUAAGCUUAUAAAGCGGUGAAGUUUU